UAUUACCGUAUGGAAAAGUGCUAUCACCAUCUGGUUGGCAUCUGGGCGACUCUCAGAUAAGCGGGCAGAAUUGAGAUCUUUGAUUUGAAUGAUUUAUAACUACAAUUGGGGUUAAGAAUUGCUGAAGUUAUUAUUGUUUCGCUAUCACCAUCUCUCACAACUCAAAGGGGAUCUUAGUCAACCAGUUUCUCUCCACCCCUUUACUGGCUUCUUCACUCCUAGCAACUACGCCGCAGCUCCAUCUUCAACUCUCAUUCCUAUGGUGCUGCUGCUCGAAUUUUAACAUCUUCAAGGCUUCAUUAGCUUCAGAUUUCAACUUUCGUUCCUGUGCUGCUGCUGCUUGAAUCAGGCUUCGUUCUAUUUGCUCGAAUCAGUUUCAUACAAGUUCACUCAUAUCAAGACAAGAUGGCUGCUUCAGAAGAGAAUAGUUCACUGUUUCCUAUUUUUAUUUUGACUAUGAUGGCGCUGCCUUUAGUCCCAUACACAAUUUUGAAACUAUGUCGUGCUGCUAAGAAAAAGGCAAAAAGCUUACAUUGUCAGUGUUCUGUAUGCUCUCAGUCAGGAAAAUAUCAUAAAUCAUUAUUUAAAAGGAUCUCAAACUUCUCGACUUGUAGUAACAUGACACUUGUGCUGCUGUGGGCCAUUAUGGCCUUCUUGGUUUAUUAUGUUAAUAAUAUGAGCGGAGAGAUACAAGUUUUUGAACCAUUCAAUAUUCUUGGUUUGGAACCUGGUGCUUCUGAUUCUGAAAUCAAAAAGGCAUAUAGGAGACUUUCUAUACAGUACCAUCCUGAUAAAAAUCCAGAUCCUGAGGCUAACAAAUAUUUUGUGGAGUAUAUUUCAAAAGCUUACCAAGCCUUGACUGAUCCUGUUUCCCGUGAAAAUUAUGAAAAAUACGGUCAUCCAGAUGGGAGACAGGGAUUUCAAAUGGGAAUAGCUCUGCCUCAGUUCCUUUUGAACAUUGAAGGUGCAUCUGGUGGAAUACUGUUGCUUUGGAUAGUUGGAGUUUGUAUCCUAUUGCCAUUGAUCAUAGCUGUUGUCUAUCUCUCAAGGUCUUCCAAGUACACAGGGAACUAUGUCAUGCAUCAGACACUUUUUACCUAUUAUCACCUGAUGAAACCAUCAUUGGCUCCAAGCAAAGUUUUGGAUAUAUUUAUUAAAGCAGCUGAAUACUCAGAAAUUCCAGUUAGAAGGAUUGAUGAUGAACCACUUCACAAACUGUUGCUAUUAGUCAGAAGUGAAUUGAACCUAGAUAGCAAAAAUAUUAAACAAGAGCAAGCUAAAUUUUUGAAGCAGCAUCCCCUGCUAGUGAAGACCCAAUUGUUGAUUCAAGCCCAUUUGACUCGGGAAACAGCAGAUUUACCUCCAACUCUAAAUAGUGAUCUGAAACGAGUCUUGGAACUUGCUCCUCGUCUACUCGAGGAGUUGAUGAAGAUGGCUUUAAUUCCACGCACAGCUCAGAAUCAUGGGUGGCUUAGACCUGCCAUUGGAGUUGUUGAGCUUUCUCAAUGUGUUAUUCAGGCUGUUCCACUCAGCGCUAAAAAAGCUGGAGGGGGGUCAACUGAAGGUAUUGCACCUUUCUUGCAGCUGCCACAUUUUAGUGAAGUUGUCACCAAAAAGCUUGCACGCAAGAAGGUGAAGACCUUUGAGGAGCUUCGAGAUUUGACUCCACAAGAGCGUGCUGACCUGCUUUGCCAAGCAGCUGGUUUUUCUGAUGCUGAAGUAGAGGAUGUGGAACGGGUUUUAGAGAUGAUGCCCUCUCUGUCCAUGGAUGUCAAAUGUGAAACAGAAGGCGAAGAGGGUAUACAGGAGGGCGAUCUUGUGACAGUUCAGGCGUGGGUCAAACUUCAAAGGCCUAAUGGUUUGAUUGGUGCUCUUCCCCAUGCCCCUUACUACCCGAAUCACAAGGAUGAAAACUUUUGGUUUCUCCUUGUAGACCAGAACUCGAAUAGUGUAUGGUUCUCCCAAAAAAUUAACUUUAUGGAUGAAGCUACUGCUCUAAGUUCCGCCCCAAAGGCAAUAGAAGAAAUGAUGGAAGCUUCAGGGGCUAGUGCAAGAGACACCAGUGCAGCAGUGAAGGAAGCCGUUGAGAAAGUAAAGCGAGGGUCCCGCUUGGUGAUGGGAAAGUUCCAAGCCCCAGCGGAGGGAAACUAUAGUUUGACUUGUUACUGCUUGUGUGACUCUUGGAUUGGAUGUGACACAAAGACAAGCUUGAAGAUUAAGGUUCUUAAAAGAUCAAGGGCUGGAACCCGGGGCGGUGUUAUCACAGAAGAGGGUCCUUUACUGGAGGAUGGUGCAGAUGAAGAAGAAGAGAUCGAGGAAGAAGAAUAUGAUGAUUAUGAAAGCGAAUAUAGUGAGGACGAAGAAAAUGAAAAAGACACAAAGAAGGGUGCCAUUACGAAUGGCGAUGCUCAUCCGAAGAGUAAACAGUCGAGUUCUGAAGCCUCAGAUUCAGAGGAUGAAUAGAAGAAUGAAGGGAAACACUCCCAAAGGUUCGGAUCUGGAAAAGAUUGACUUGAAAGGAUACCUUAAUUUGUUAACUACUGCAAUAAACUGCUCUCAACCAGACAAUGUGAAAAUGAACAAUACAUGGAGAUGAUCAUAUAAACUAUACAUUUUCUUUA